AUGGACGAUCCCGUCAGAAUGGACGGCAAAUCACCUGUUCUAGCUGAUGGCCAACAUGCAGCCCAGAAUGAGCACAUCAUGACUCUCUGGCAGGCUCUCAAACUAUACCCUAAAGCCGUCGGCUGGUCAGUGCUUCUCUCAUCCACCCUGAUCAUGGAAGGAUAUGAUCUCGCAUUACUGAGCUCGAUGUAUGCGUCACCUGCUUUCAACAAAAAGUUCGGCGAACUGACAGCCUCGGGGAAAUGGGCUGUUCCUGCCUCCUGGCAAUCCGGUCUGUCAAACGGUGCACGCUGCGGUGAAGUCAUUGGACUUUUGAUCAACGGUCUAGUCUCGGAGCGUCUUGGCUACCGUCGGACCAUGAUCUCUGCCUUGGCCACCAUCACAGCAGUCAUAUUCCUCUUCUUCUUCGCGAUCAACAUCCAGAUGCUACUCGCUGCUGAAAUUCUUGCUGGUAUACCAUGGGGUAUUUUCCAAACUCUCCCAGCUGCAUACGCCUCGGAAGUAUGUCCGGUGGUGCUCAGACCUUACCUGACAACAUUCAUCAACAUGUGCUGGGUAUUCGGACAAUUCGUGGCCGUUGGCGUGAACCGUGGGUCCAUUUCUCGCGAUGAUCAAUGGGCAUAUCGCAUUCCAUUCGGUGUGCAAUGGGCCUGGCCACUACCAAUCAUGAUUGGAUGUCUAUUCGCGCCUGAGUCACCCUGGUGGCACGUUCGACAGGGAAAUAUCCAAGGAGCACGAAGAGCCCUGCAACGUUUGACAUCGUCCAAAGACCCUCACUUCAACCCCGAGGAGACAAUUGCUAUGAUUCAGCACACCAACGAACUAGAAAAAUCCCUUUCUAGUGGAACGACAUACUGGGACUGCUUCAAGGGAACAAAUCUCCGCCGAACAGAAGUUGUCUGCGUAGUCUGGCUCGUGCAGACCCUAUGUGGGCAGAAUCUAAUGGGUUACUUCGCCUAUUUCUGCGUCCAGGCAGGUCUACCAACGGUGCAAUCCUUCAAUCUCUCUCUAGGUCAGUACGGCCUUGGAGUGUUGGGCACAAUGGGCUCAUGGUUUCUGAUGUCAUUCGCCGGCCGACGUACAAUCCACGUAUGCGGCCUCGCCUGUCUUUUUAUUCUCCUCAUGAUAACUGGCUCACUUUCAUUUGCGCCGAGCGAAAACAGCGCCGCGAAAUGGGCCAUCGGCGCCAUGUUGAUCAUCUUCACUUUUUGCUACGAUAUCACCGUCGGCCCGGUUACAUAUUCUCUGGUCUCGGAAUUGUCUUCUACACGACUCAAGGCUAAGACCAUUGUCCUCGCACGGUGUUUAUACAACAUCAGCAAUAUAGUUGUCAACGUUUUGACCAACUACCAAUUAAAUUCCACGGCCUGGAACUGGGGCGCUCGUUGUGCAUAUUUCUGGGCUGGGACUUGCUUGGUUGGCCUUGUGUGGGCAUUCUUUCGUUUACCUGAACCGAAAGGUCGGACUUACGAAGAGUUGGAUUUGUUAUUCGAGAGGGGGAUUUCUGCGCGAAAGUUCGCUUCUACUGUUGUUGAUCCCUAUGAAGGGGAGGCAGUUGAAGUUCGUGAAGAUCAUAUAGAUAAAGAUUGA